GUUGUCAAAAUGGCGGCGGAAGGUGCUACUGCUGCGGCUGGAAAUCCUAAUGCGGAAGUUGUACGAGGGCAAGUUUUUGAAGUGGGGCCGAGGUAUACAAACUUGGCAUACAUUGGAGAAGGGGCCUAUGGGAUGGUGGUAUCUGCUUAUGACAAUGUAACAAAGACCAAAGUAGCAAUCAAGAAAAUAUCUCCAUUUGAACAUCAGACUUAUUGCCAGAGAACACUGAGGGAGAUUAAAAUUCUUACCAGGUUCAAGCAUGAAAAUAUAAUAGAUAUCAGAGACAUUCUUCGUGCUGUAACCAUUGAUCACAUGAAGGAUGUGUAUAUUGUACAAUGUUUGAUGGAAACAGAUCUGUACAAACUCUUAAAGACACAGGCAAGUAACCAGAAACUAAGCAAUGACCACAUCUGUUACUUUUUGUACCAAAUCCUACGGGGAUUGAAAUACAUCCAUUCAGCCAAUGUGUUACACCGGGACCUGAAGCCCAGCAACCUGUUACUAAACACAACGUGCGACCUCAAGAUAUGUGACUUCGGUUUGGCAAGGGUCGCAGAUCCUGAACAUGAUCACACAGGUUUCCUCACGGAGUAUGUAGCCACAAGGUGGUAUCGGGCUCCUGAAAUUAUGUUGAAUUCCAAGGGCUAUACAAAAUCCAUAGAUAUCUGGUCAGUGGGCUGUAUCCUAGCAGAAAUGUUGUCAAAUCGGCCAAUAUUUCCUGGCAAACAUUACUUAGACCAGCUUAACCAUAUUCUGGGAAUCCUUGGUUCUCCUACUGCAGAAGAUCUGAACUGUAUCAUCAAUGAGAAAGCUCGAAGUUACCUCCAGUCAUUGCCAUUUAAACCCAAAGUUCCUUGGACAAAAAUGUUCCCAAAUGCUGAUUCAAAAGCACUUGAUUUGUUGGACAAAAUGUUAACAUUCAACCCUCAUAAAAGGAUUGGAGUAGAGGAUGCCUUAGCACAUCCUUAUCUUGAACAGUAUUAUGAUCCUGCAGAUGAGCCUGUGGCUGAAGAACCAUUCCGAUUUGCCAUGGAGUUAGAUGACUUGCCAAAAGAAACUUUAAAGAAAUACAUCUUUGAAGAGACAGCAUUAUUCAAACAGAAGAUGGCCCAAGAUCAACAGAACAUGUAGUGUACUGAUGUUUGAAGAAUGCCACAACUUGACCAUCACGUCUCACAUCUGUUACUCAUGAGCCUCUGCCCCUCUUUCUUGUCAUGUCAUGCUGAGAUGAAAGAGGAGUCCUGGGUACUACAUAUCCUUUAUGUCUUUUGGACGAAUUUCAUCACUGUGUUUAAUAAUGACUGUCAUAAUAAUUAAUGUGUUUUUCGUCACGCAUAUUUUAUCUGUGAUUCAGUACUGUACCAUUUAGAUUUCAAGUCCAGUUUGCUUCUUUCCUGUGUCUUUUUAUGUAGUAUCCUUCAUAGAAUAAUUAAGAUUAAGCCCAUUGUCCUACACCAUUUGAGUUUUGUAUAAUUUACCCUGCCCCCCAGAAAAAAAGACAGGAAGGUGAACUCAUUUUGAUGUUCAUUUCAUCUAAAGACAUCUUAAAGUCUGGUUACAGUAUUUGUACUUGCAAUCAUUAAUGGACAAUUUCUCAAAUGUAAUAUAGGGUAUUACAUAGUCUUAUGGCUGUUACUGUUGGUUAUAUUUGACAAGGCAAACAAACUGCUUGUAUUAUAUUUUAUAUGUGCAUACAUCUGCUUUUAGCAGUGUCUAAUAUGUGGUUAGACUAUUGAUUCCAGAAUCAGAUUAUUAAAAAUAACACUUUUAUUCUGCAGAAACUGCUAAUAACAUACGUGCAAAAUAAAGAUGGUAUCAUAAAAAGUACUUAUAAUGUGUAAUAUUUAAACCAUUUCAGCUCUAAGACUAUGAAAAUUCCUAACAAUGUAAAAUUUAGUUAUUACAUAGCUAAAUAUUUGUUCUUGUGAGGAGUGAAAGAGAUUUGUGAGUUAAAACUGAAUAACUGGGACAUCAAUUGUAACAGCCUACAAAUAAUUUACUUCAGUAAAUCCAGGUUAUAGUUUUAGUAAGAGCUGUAUUAAUAAUUGGAUAUGAAUUUCUUGAAGAUAAACUGAAUGUCAGUGAUUUCCUAAUAAGAUUGUAACAGAUUUUAUUAAGUUGUUACAACAUUUUUAAAGAGACAUGUUCAUCAUUUUAUUGUCUUCCAUUUACAGUGAAGUGGCAUUUUGAAAUAACAGGUAUUUGCCUACAAGAUGCAGGAAUUGUGAUUCACAGAAAAACUAGUCAUCGUUCACUCAGCAUCGCCAUGGAAGGGCCAGCUCAUAAUUACAUUAUGAAUUUAAAUAAUAGAUGGUCACUAACUUUAUGUAUUAAACUUUAAAUAUUGAUAUGACUUUUAGGACUUUUAGAUCUUACUUAAAUAUUGAAAUAAAUUACAUCAUUUUGUGUAUUACCUAGUGUAUUCUUUGAUACCUGAAAUUGGACUGGCUAUAAAUUUAAGUUGAGGUAACAAAACAUAUGCAUUUGAUAUUGUACUAUAUUUCAGCAUCCUAUUGCACCAAUUUUUUACUUAUGAACAUAAUAUACUUCUAUCUCAAUUGUAACUCUAUUUUUCAUUUAUUCCUCUUUGCAGCAUGUUUCAGCCAUACCCAGCCAUCAUCAGGCAACUGUUUAUCUUGCUAAAACUGUUACACUCUAUUUUCCACUGUAUUCAAAAUGAAUUAAUUCCAAAUUAAAAUAUGACACUGCCAUUCCAUUUGUCAUCAUCCAUUUAUAAAAGAUAUUUGUUUGAGCAUAUUACUCAUCAUCUUGUUUUCUCACCAUUUUCCUGCUGCAGUGUUGAUGUUUUGCUUAUUUUUUAGUGUAGUUCUUACAGAUGUUGUAAUGUAAUUUUUGUUUUUAUUAUAUGCUCCAUUGGUUUGUGUUUUUCCACAGUUUUGGAUUAGUUGAAUGCAUGUCACUUAUUAUUUUAAAUGGCACACACACUUAACUAAUUCAACACCUUAGAAGUAUACAAACCAAUGGCGUGUAUACUAACAAUGAUGAUAACAUUACAGUGACAUCCAUAAGAACUACAGUAAACAAUACACAAAACACUGACACCACAGGAGGAAAACUAUAUAAGAAAACAUAACGAUGAGUAAAGUGCUCAAACAAAUAUCUUUUUGAACAGAUGAUGACAAAUGGAACAUCGAUAUAUUUUAAUUUGUAACUUUUUUUUAAAUACAGUGGAAAAUAGGGUGUAAUGGUUUUAGUAAGGUAAACAGUUGCCCAUUGAUGGCCAUGUACAGCUGAAACAUGUAGCAAAGGGGAGUAAAUGAAGAUAAAGUUUCGUUUGAGAUGGAAGUGUAUGUGUGUAUAAGCGAUAUGCAUUUGAUUUUAGUUUUUUUGUAGUGAUUAUGCUCAGUUUACGCCCCAGAUGUAAUACUAACUCUCUUUGAUUGUUUUAACAAAACAGUCAGGAGCUAAUUCUGUUCUUUUUUAUGGCCAUGUUCGCAAUUACUGGAGUGUGCUCUGUAUAAAUUAUGAUUAAGAAUUUGAGUUGUUUCAUUCUGGUCCAUCACACCAACAAUAUUAUAAAAGAUAAAACAAUUCUGUCCACUGUGACUGGUGAAGU